AUGUGGGUUUUCGCGAGCGUGAGCGGGAUCGUAUGCGCGGGCAGAUAUUACUACACCCAAGAAAGUCCUUUCAGUUCCUGCCUACCGCCAGAUAAUCGCCAAAUUCCAGCCACCUCUACCGCGAAGACAAAUAAAUCUCAAAACCUGUCGAGUUCCAUUCAAAAUGAACCAGAAAAUUGCCCAGAACGAGAAUUCAAAUAUUUCAUGGAUCUCCCUCGCGAACUGCGUGACCUCAUCUACUGGCAAUCUUUCCUCGACCUCCUCGGUCGCGACAGAGCGCUUUGGCAACCAGGCAUUCUGUCUGUUGGCAACAAACAGGUGCGGACAGAAGCAGCACAAAUUUACCUCAAGACGAUCGACUUCUUCGUAUUCUAUGCACCAGUGCAAAUCGAGCAACACCUGAAAUAUCUAGAACUCGAGAACCCCAAGAGCUUGGUGAGGGGUUUGUCUUUCGGGCUCUUUCCCUGCGCUCACGAGAACCCGUGUUACCAGCCGAAUUCCCGUCGCUCGUUCAAUUACGCCGGACACUACAUCAAUCUCCGCCGUUUGCGACUCGUGUGCCACAGAAUCUUUUGCUCUCGGUACUUGGAGGAACCCAUAGGUCCGAAGAUACCAGUGGAGACAUCUAUGGAAUACUUGGGUCUACGUGCUCUUCUCGAAUGCAAAAAGCUUGAGUAUAUUCAGUUGGAAGCUGAUAGUGCUGAGGAGAUCAUGGACUCAUUAUUCAAAAAGAUAGCCUUUUGGUUGAAGGAAAAUCUUCCGAUGGGCAAGGAUUCUGUCAAGGUCUGGCAAUAUUCAAAAGACAAUACUGGUGAAAACCCAUGGACUUUACUUUGA